AUGAAACAUGAGCGAACAAUUCUAUACAGUUCGGUGGCAGUUGGCGCUCUCAUCGCUGUCAUUCCAGUCACCCAGGCCAUACAGUAUUAUGGGGCUCAUCUGAUAUUUUUUGUAUGCGGUAUUUUGACAGCUGCAGCAACAUUGCUGGCGCCGUUUGCAAUACCUCAGAGAAAUCUUGCUUAUUAUUAUUAUUGGGCUCAUCUAAUAUUUUUUGUAUGCGGUAUUUUAACAGCUGCAGCAACACUGCUGGCACCGUUUGCAAUACCGCAGAGAAAUCUUGCUUAUUAUGGUAUAAGUUUUGCGGCAUGUAUGGCAACAAUUGGCGCUGUAACAUCAAACUGGGCCACAAUCAAGCAGCAUGGCCUGUUCAUAUCGGCGCUGACGUCGUUCAGCCAAAUAGCCGGCUUCAUCAAACGUCAUCAAACAAGAUUGCAGAUAACUGCUGGUCACAGUAGCUAUAAAAUAGGAUUCCUCUCGGAAACCACAAAAAUUCGUCUGUUCAAUUCGAUAGCGCUCGGUGCUUCUGCAGUGUUUAUGAUAGCGCUGGCUCUUGUGCCUCAAGGUUAUUCUCUAACUGGAGUUAUUUUAUUAACAUUAACAACUUCAAUGUAUGGCUUUAAUGGAGGAGGUUUUAAUAAG